GAGCGGCAAGGAGUCCGGAAACGCGUCGUGUUCUUCGAAAGUCGGAGUCUUUUGUUUCCGCCGUGAUGAUAAAGCUUUCCGCUUGAAGGUUUGGCGGUGUUUAUUACACUCAUUAGAGUUUGCGGCGGCGAUGCGGGUGCUUGGCGGGAAGCAGUGGUGGUGCAGAGAGAGAGGCGGUGAGGUUACUGUUACAGCUUCCAUGGCUUAUCAGCUAUGGCAACGGCUACGGCUGUUACAACGUUCUUCUGACGUUGUUCUUGUUCAAGUGUCUUGUUUCAAAUUUUUAUCUGAACCAAAGCCCAAGCCCAAUAAAACAUCUAUCCGGCCCAGCCCACAAGUAGACCCACAUACUUCAGUUCAUCUCUCUCUAUCUUCUCUGUCUGUGUUUCUCUCUCUCUCUCUCUCUCUCUCUCUCUCUCUCUAAACAAUGGCUUCCAAGUCUUCCAAUUUUCUUGAGCGCCAUGGUUACGAUUUGGUACUUGGAUCGAUAGCUGCGUUUUAUGUGUUCAUGGCGCCCUACACUAAGGUUGAAGAAAGCUUCAAUGUCCAGGCAAUGCAUGACAUUCUGUAUUAUCGAAAUCGCAUAGAUAAUUAUGAUCAUCUGGAGUUCCCUGGAGUCGUUCCUCGCACUUUUCUGGGUGCAUUGUUUGUUUCAAGUUUGGCAUCUCCUUCUGUUUUAGCAAUGGAACUGUUGCAUUUGCCAAAGGUUUAUAGUCUUUUAGCAGUUCGUUUGGCAUUAGGUGGCAUCAUAUUAUCUACAUUAUGCUUCUUUCGCCUUCAGGUUAGACAUAAGUUUGGACGUCAAGUGGAAGCUUUCUUUGUGAUACUAACUGCAGUUCAGUUCCACCUUUUGUUCUAUUGUACUCGUCCACUUCCAAAUAUACUAGCUCUGGGCGUAGUCAAUUUGGCGUAUGGGUAUUGGUUAAAGGAGAAAUAUUAUGCAGCCAUAAACUGCCUGAUUUUUGCUACGGUUAUCUUUAGAUGUGAUAUUUUGUUACUUCUUGGCCCUCUUGGCCUGGAGCUUUUGUUGACUAAAAGAAUUUCAUUAUGGAAGACGUUUAAAUGCUGCAGUUUGUGUGCUGUAUUUUCAGGCCUUACUGUUAUAGUAGAUUCAAUUAUGUGGAAAAGGUUACUGUGGCCCGAAUUUGAAGUUUUCUGGUUCAACUCUGUGCUCAAUAGAAGUUCAGAGUGGGGUAUACAUCCGUUUUACUGGUAUUUCACUUCAGCACUCCCGCGGUCAUUGCUUGCUGCAUACCCUCUUUUUCUGCUUGGGGUCUUACUUGAGAGGAGGGUUUUGUUAUUCGUUCUUCCAGCCUUGUCCUUUGUUUUACUUUACUCUAAGCUUCCCCACAAGGAGCUUCGUUUUAUAAUUAGCUCAGUUCCCAUGUUCAACUUAUCUGCUGCAAUUGCUGCAACUAGAAUCUAUAACAAUAGGAAGAAGACUUUCUGGAACUUGCUUUAUCCAGUGAUGCUUGGAUUAUUGUUGAUCAGUCUAGGGUGCACUGUCAUAAGUUUCAUGGCUUCCAAUGAAAAUUAUCCCAGUGGUCAUGCUUUAAAACAUUUGCAUCAGACUGGCCAUCUUGCGAACAGUUCAAAUGAACAUUGGGUUCACAUUGAUACGUUUUCUGCCAUGAAUGGAAUAUCCCGCUUCUGUGAAAAUAAUUUCCCAUGGAGGUAUUCUAAAGAAGAAGGGAUUCCUCCCGAAGAGCUACACCGCAGAAAUUUCACCUAUCUUAUAAAAAUAUUCUACAUGUGGUAUCAGAGCCGCACAACAAGCUUAGGGUCCGAUAUAAAGAGAAUUACAUCCAUUCAGAGUAAUGAAACACUUGGAUGA